CGUCAACGUCAACAUAUUCACUGUCCCUCUGUUGCCGAAAUUCGCGCCGUUUCCUCGGGAGAGCGAAGAUAGCCUAUUAAACCGGACCUAAUUGAAGUUGCCGUCUCUCCGAAGGAAAUAUUGAAUUUACAGGGCUGAGACGUUGUAAUAGCGAAAGACUCCAAUCCCUCUCACGAUUGUCUAAGUCGCCAAUAGGCAUCCAGAAGCUGCCCAGGAAAAGUUGCUUAUGUUCAGAGCCAAUGGAUGCCUACCUCGCAGCGGCAGUUCUAGGAUUCAGCUUGACUUGUAUCGACGCAUAUUUCACUCGACAAGGGGAACGAGAUUUUUGGAAAUCUCCCAUAAAUCUGAUCCACAGUCCCGUUCACUGGUUAUACCUACUAUCCAGGUACUUCGCAAUCGUUGUUCACAUUUGUAAUAUCAUUAUCGCCAGCAUCUGGAAGUAUCAAUACACUGCGAUCCCACAUAACGUUUGCUAUGCGCACCUCAUAUUCGAAGUUUGUAUGACCCUUUUUUCGCUUGCGAUCGUGGACGCCAUACUUAUGUUAAGAGUAUAUGCGCUCUACAACAAAAGUCAAGAAAUGGCGUCCUUCCUCGGGCUUGUACUCCUCCUAAAAUUGACCACAGCAGUGUGGGGUUUAGCUCGAUUAUUGCCAAAUUCUACUACCCCCGUACACUUCACUUCGAUCUGUAUCCCGUCUGUUCAACUCCUUGAAGAGCCAGGACUUGCGUUAUUCAUGUACAUCAUCUUCAACGCUGUUGCACUUGCAAAGUCCCUUUCGACUCAUGCAACACAUUAUUCAGAUUGGGCGAAAUGGCCAUACACUGAUUUCUCGCCGCGCCCUGCAACCCUUACUUCUGUGCUGAAUAGGGAUGCGCUCUCUGUUUUCGUGGCCAUCUGUGGUGCGUAG